GAUAAGCCCUUCGGAAGCUCGAAAGGGGCGAUAAUGGCGUCCACUGCGUCCAUCGCUGCUCUCAGCUCCUUCUCCUCCCUUUCUCUCGGCCGCUCCCUUCCUCUCAAACCGAGGGUUCUCCAGAGCUCUACUCUUGUCCCCCUGUUCGGUUCCUCCAAGCUGUUCUCCCUCUCUCAUCCCAUCAGAGCGGGGAACGACAAGGACAUCGACACCAGCUUCUUCGACAACUUCGAUCCCAAUGCUGACGUUCCUUUUGAUCCUCCGACACCUCCGGAGGGAUAUGUCCCACCGCCCUCCUUCGACGAGCUUCCCCCAGAGACCGAGGAGGAUAUCACCACCGCCUAUGAGGAGAUCUACGGACCAGCGUACAGCGGCGUCAGUGUCCUUGGAAACGACGUCUACGUCAUGGACGCGCACCUGAAGAAGUCCUCCGGUGGAUUCCUCGGCCGGCGCAAGAAGGAGAAGCCGAAUGAUGGGUUCGAGGAGAGGGUCGUGCAGGUUCGGCGGGUCACCAAGGUCGUCAAGGGUGGGAAAAAGCUCUCUUUUAGGGCUAUCGUCGUUGUUGGGGAUAAGAAUGGGCAGGUUGGGAUUGGGGUCGGGAAAGCCAAGGAGGUCGUGGACGCCAUUGCUAAGUCGGCGACCAAUGCCCGGAGAAACAUCGUCACCGUCCCGAUGACCAAGUACUCCACUUUCCCCCACAGGUCUGAUGGAGACUAUGGAGCGGCAAAAGUUAUGUUAAGACCCGCUUCACCUGGUACUGGUGUGAUUGCUGGUGGAGCAGUAAGGAUUGUGUUGGAAAUGGCUGGUGUAGCAAAUGCCCUAGGGAAACAGCUACGGAGCAAGAACGCUCUUAACAAUGCCAGAGCUACGGUUGUCGCCAUACAAAAGAUGCGGCAGUUCCGUGAUGUUGCACGUGAGCGAGGGAUUCCAAUGGAAGAAUUGUGGAAAUGAUUGUAUCUUUAUAAUUUCUGCUGGCCUAAGUUUGCACCUAGGUUUUUUUUCCCACAAUAUUAUUGUAAACCAACCAAAUUAUAAUUUCUUUAUAAUUCACUGAUGUUCGUGUUGUAAUGAACCAUUUCAGACAGGAUUCUCAUGAUUGAUGAGAAACUAUUUUUCUGUAUUAAA